UAUCAACACUCUUUACAAUGAUAACACUACUCACAGUGACAACACUCCUCACAGUGACAACACUCCUCACAGUGAUAACACUCCUUACAGUGACAACACUCCUUACAAUGACAACACUCCUCACAGUGAUAACACUCCUCACAGUGACAACACUCCUCACAGUGACAACACUCCUUUCAAUGACAACACUCCUCACAGUGACAACACUCCUCACAGUGACAACACUCCUUUCAGUGACAACACUCCUUUCAGUGACAGAAUUCCUUACAGUGACAACACUCUUUACAGUGACAACACUCCUUAA